AUGACACCAUAUCGUGGUGAAAGAUAUCAUCUUCCGGAGUGGUUGGGGUCUAACCAAUUGCCCGACAAUGCUCGUGAGUUGUUUAACAGACGACAUGCCACUGUCCGUAAUGUUAUCGAAUGUAGCUUUGUUUUGCUAAAAGGGAAGUUUCCAAUGAUAAAGGGGUUGAUGCCAAACUACAAAGUUCAUUCCCAAACCGACAUAGUAAUAGCAUAUUGUGUCCUACACAGUUUUAUUCGGAUGCAUGAACCGCUCGAAAACAUGCCACCUGAAUUCAGCAACCCAGAAUACGUACGACGACAUGAUCCAACUGAUCGGACUUUCCCUUUUAUGUCGAGUAAUAACUCCAAUGUCGGCGCUGGUGAGCAUUGUGUGUUGCAUGACACGAUAGCCCAAGCGCUAUGGGCGAACCGAAGAUAA